ACUUUUUUCCGUUCUUUCUUGCUUUUCUUUUCUUUCAACCAUGGCCAAGCACAACCCGGAUCUCAUCAUGUGCCGCAAGCAGCCUGGCAUCGCGAUUGGCCGGCUCUGCGACAAGUGCGACGGCAAAUGCGUCAUCUGCGACUCGUAUGUGCGCCCGUGCACGCUCGUUCGCGUGUGCGAUGAGUGCAACUAUGGCUCCUUCCAAGGACGGUGUGUGAUUUGCGGCUCGGUUGGCAUCUCGGACGCCUACUACUGCAAAGAGUGUACCAUUCAAGAAAAGGAUCGCGAUGGCUGUCCAAAGAUUGUCAAUCUAGGUGUCUCAAAAACAGACAUGUACUACGAACGAAGCAAGUACCAAUUCAAAAAGGACCAGGCCAAUGGCGGUGGCGGCGGGUUUGGGUAACAGUUCGCCCGCCCGCCCGCGCCCAUUGCUGCUUUGUUAAAAACCGCGCUAUGUGUGCGUGUGUGUGUGUGUGUGUGUGUGUGUGUGU